AAGUUGAUUGUGCAAGAAGCGAAGUGUGCAGAAGGAAGAAGAGGAAGGACAGCAGCUGCUGGUGGUGUGUUGUGUUGUGUUUGCGAUGGUGUGCUUGCGGGUGGAUGGCGUGCACCCUUACGCCAUCGCCUUCUCCCCUUACACGGGGGACCGCCUCGCCGUCGCCUCCGCGCAACACUUUGGUAUUGCUGGGAAAGGCAGCGUAUCUGUGUUUGAUCGAUCGCAGGACUGGGCCACCAUCGCCCAGGCAGAGUGGAAGGAUGGGCUGUUCUCUGCGGCAUGGGCGGAAACAAAUGAGAAUCAGUUGCUGACCUGCAGUGGCGAUGGCACAUGUCAGCUCUGGGACAUUGCAGACAUGUCCAAGCCACUGCACGUGUUUGCAGAACACACCAAAGAGGCAACCAGGGUGAGCCACUGCCAGGCACGUGAGGGCGCGCUCUUUGCAUCUUCGUCAUGGGACCAGUCUGUCAAGGUCUGGGAUGCCACAGGUGCGUCAGGGCACAGCUUGGCCACACUGUCCCACCAAGGCUUCGUGUACGAUGUCAGAUGGUCGCCUCACCGCCAGCAUACCAUCGCCUCCGCUUGCGAGGACGGCACUGUAUCUGUCUGGGACACACGUGCUCCAAGGCCAGCACAGGUCGUGCAAGCGCAUGCGCAUGAAGCCUUGUGCUUGGACUGGAACAAGUACGACGCGAACAUGCUCGUAUCUGGCAGCGUGGACCGCACAGUGCGCUGCUUCGACCUGCGCAUGGCACCGAGCGCCGUCCCGCUGUAUGUGCUCGAGGCACACCAGCUUGCAGUCCGCACAGUUGCCUGCAGCCCCUUUGAUGUCGAUGUCAUUGCAACAGGCAGUUACGACAUGUGUGCGUUCCUCUGGAAUGUACGUGCGCUUCGCACCGCCAUGGGCCAGCACGGCGACACAUCCACCCGCCAGCAACCGCCGUCAUCAUCCUCCUCCUCCUCCUCCUCCGCCGCCGCCACCAUCACCACCCCCUCAUCUCAAGUACAAGCGAAACCAACAACAGCGGAAGCGGCGACUGUGCUACCAUCAUCAGUGCCAUUACAACAACGGGUGUUGGGACGCCAAGCAGACGCACUGCUGCCACGACCACGACUGCUGUCCAAACACACGGAGUUUGUCACGGGCGUUGACUUUAAUGUCUUUGCACCCGAAGUCGCUCACUGCUCCUGGGACAGCACCAUCUGUGUGCAUCCGGUCUGAACCGAUGGUGUCUGUGUGUGUGUGUGUGUGUCUAUCUGUCUGUCUGUCUGUCUGUCUG